GCGCGGCUGAUUGGGGAGCGGUUUUGACAGCACAAUAAGACAUAGUAACUGUGGAAUUGAUGACAUCAACGGCCCCAACCGUGACGACAUCCGAGAUGCAGCUGGCGAUGGAGACGGCACCCAUGCAGGAUGCUGUUGCUGUUGCCGUGUUUGAAGAAGAGGGGGCCGCGCUGGAGAUGGUGCGGAUGUAUAGGCAACAGAUUGAGGACAUCUACGCGAUGCUUAUUCAACAUCCGCACUUACCAGCGGACCUACUGGGGGAGGAUGAGGAGCUGUUCAGUGGCUGGGAGGAGGAGCUCUGUGAAAAUCUUCCUCUUCAACGGUUUGGGGCCAUCGAGAAAGCACAGGUGAUGGUGGAAUUGGGGGCUUGUACUGAAGCAUUGGGGGAGGUGGAGGGAAUCCUCACCGAAAUCCGGAAACGGCUGUGGGGCGCGGGGCCUGAGGAGGGGCAGGUGCUGCGUUCGUCGCCGGAUGCUUUGAGCGAAGCAAACGAUACUCCUAUCUCGACUGCCUUCCUUACUGAGGAGGUGGUGAUUUGCCGCGGGAAGCCUGAGGAGGGGCGGGGGACUGACGGCGAAUUGGAGGAGUGCCUUGUAGCGGGCGACGAGGAUUACAAUUGGCUGGAGGAGGGGACUAUUGCCAUGUGUGAGAACCGUGACAACAACAACAACAACAACAACAACAACGAUGUCAGCGGCUUCAAUUUUGAUGAUAUCGAAGAUGGGCAUAUGCUGGAUAACGGCAACAACAACGACAACAACAACAACAACAACAACAACAACAACAACAACAACRWCAACAACGGCAGUGCCUUCGACUUCGAGGAUGGCGAUGUUGGGAAUUCGYUGUAUGUGGCGCAGGGUUAUGAUGAUCUUAUGCGCAGCAACGCCAUYGUUCGCAAUGGUUACCAUUGCAAUGACCAUGGUGACAUUGAAAACACAGCGGGUGACAACACAGAGGACAAAGGCCACAAUGAUGGGCAGGCUCUCUCCCUCUUCUCUCGCCUCCUCUUUUCUCACCUUCCCCUCUCGGGUUCCUGGUCAUUAUUGUGGGGUCAGGAGCAAGAGGGCAGGGUGAUAGGGAUGUGUGUAGGACAGGGUGACGGCACGGGACUGGGGGGGAAGCUUUGGUGGCGGGAAGGGGUAGGAUAGGUACGGCUCUUACCUCCCCGGUUAAAAUGCGCCUACGAAUCUUGAGAAUGGGGGGGGGAGGUAGUUGAGGGCAAUAUGAUUUAAAUCU